AUGCCUCGCCGCACUUCUGCUCGCCUUACAUCCUCUGUCACUCCACAAGCACCUUCAGUCUCUUUUCAACUUCCUGCCUCCGAUGCAGAUCCCAAUAUCCUUCAACUCAGGCGACACUGGAAAUGGGCUGCUUUCAGCCAGUUCUUCUUCACAUUUAAUACUCUCUUUGCCAUGAAUGACGUGACCUUGAUCGACAUCGAAAAUGACCUCGCAUACUCUACCAACCGUGUUUUGUCUCGCAUCAUGACAAGAUUGCUCGUCACGUUAACGCAGGACAGAAAAAUAUCCGCUGAUAACUGGCAAACUGCUUUACGAAAGCAAUAUAUAAGACGGGACCCAGAUGUAAAUCCCAUAGGACCAAUUCAGCAAAUAUACACCAAUGUCGCAGAGUCCUCGCGCGCAUCCACAGUUCCCCCAUACCCAUCUGAAACCGGAGAACAGUUGGCCCAAGAGCAGGCAAAUAAAAGCAUGGUGCACGAAGACGGAGCGUCUGCUGACGGCGAUGCUGUCCCAGACGAUUCAGCAGAUGCGGUCGAGGUCAAGUCAGAGGAAACUAAGAUCGACGAAUCGAAAGAUGAAGUCGCUGGGUCUUCCUCAGAGGCCUUACAGGACUCCGAGCAGCUACAGCAGCAGAUUGAUUGGCUCGACCUUCCUACAGUGAAGAAACUGGAGUCCUUACACACUCUUAUGGAAUGGCAAUUCCAUAACCCUAAUCGUCUACGUACUCAGAUGAAAGAUGACGACGAGAAUGCCGAAUGGCAUAUAGAGCCAAUAGGAUAUGACGCCAAGAGUAAUGCCUACUGGCUCAUAGGUGCCGACCGUUUGUGGAUUCAACGUGAACCUCCACGUCAGACACUCAAACGCAAGCGGCACACAAACCCUAACGCAUCGAAAUCCAGUGGCAAAAAGUCUUUCAACAAACGCCAGCGAGUCGACACAGAACCAGAACCCACACCUCCACCCACAACACCUGCCAGAGCAUCCCGUCGGCACAACCAAGCACAGGCCCAAAACUCGAGCCCGUCCGGUUCGCGCGGUACUCGCGCCGCUAAAUCACGUGCGAAUCAGAAGCUUGAUGCUCAGGCAAAGGACCUCGCUGAAUUCCAGCGCCAGAUGGCUCGGAGCAAGUCUACUAGUGCCAGACCUCUGACUCCACGCCGGCCUUCCGGGAUCCGCGUGAGUGCGCGGCUGCGCGGAAACUUGGCAGACGACGAGUGGCAAGAGGUGCCAGACGAAUGGCUUUCUCCUAGCGCGCAUGAUGGAACAGAGGGAGAGGAGAAGACGCCACCUAAAGCUAAGGCGAGGCUGAAAACGGGGCUUGAGAGCGAUGAUGACUCGGUCAGCGAUCUCACGGAGCUUAGCGAAGACGAUGAUACAAAUGAGGGGGACGCCCAAGAAGAAGCCGAUGCAGAAGAGGAUGAAGAACCAGACGUUAAAGAUGAAGAAUCUGAAGCGGAAUCCGUACCGGUUCCCGAUAAACCAAAUGGCAAGAUUGAUGUUGAUGAAGAAGACAAUGAGAUUCCAUCUCUUCCCGAAGGUUUUAUGGAAUGGGAGACGAUCUGUAUCACUCUCGAAGAGUGGGAGCACUUCCCCGAGCAAUUUGAGAAAGCCACCCACUAUGCUGAGAAGUCGCUGUAUAAGGUAUUGACGCAAACCAUCGUCCCGGUAAUAACCGCCGAGCUGAGGGAGGUGGAGAAGAAGAAGCGCAAAGAAGAAGCGGUCGUACAUCGCAAGCGCUCAUCUCGUAUUGCUAUCAAGGAAAGUGAGAAGGAGCAAGAAUUACUUGCUGCUAAGAAGCGCGCAGAGGAAGAUGAGAAGAUGAGUCGAGCUCGGAGGGCUGAAACGCGUCGACAGAAAGAGGAAGCGGACAGGAUUAAGAGGGAGAAUGCUAGAGAGCAACGCAGGAAGGAGCGAGAAACCAAGCAAGCUGGAGAGCUUGAAGCUGACACCAGGUAUGAAUACUUUGCGCAUACCUUGUGUAUUCUAAACGCCUUGCUAGCGCUAACGCGCCUAUCGAUGUCGUGCGUCAAGAACCUUCCUCAUCUGCCAUACCGCAUGGUCAGAUGGGCAAGCGCUGCUAGCAGUGGAUCGCGGACACCAGCCGAAGACUGGGAGCUGGAUUGCGAGGUCUGCGGUAGACAAGGGAUUAACCGGGAUGACGGCGUUCCGAUCAUGUGUUGUGGUCGAUGUUUGAAGUGGCAGCAUAUUGGGUGCCAUGACCAACGUGACGUCACUGCAGGUCGCCCGAAACGUAACUGGGAUGCCGAGGACUUCAUCUGCAGAAGAUGUCGCUUGUCGGGUUCUAGGGCUUCUUCGUUUAGCAGUAGCCAAUUGCCCACACCAACCGAUCUGAAAGCGGUGUACGGUUCAGUCGGAACGCAGCCCUACUAUAGCGGCCAGCAGAAUUACUCCCAUGACCGUUAUCCCAACGGAAGCUACUACACUGCCGGCGCGACAAGUGGGAGAUACAGCUACGAACACCAAUCUGACAUAAGGUCAUCUGGCAUGCCUUCUCAGUCUUAUACUCAAGCUCCCCGUACUCCUGGCGUCACUUUUGCUCACUAUCAGCCGCAGCAAGGAGGAUUUUCGACAUCACGUCCAUCUUACUCCAUUCAAGAGCCUGUUCCCAUAACCCAGCAGACUCGUUAUCCGCAGCCUACAUCUCCAGUCACUGGAGUGAGUCAAUACCCCGGGUCCUUCCAGGUGACUUGA